AUUUUAUUUUAUUUUUAAAAUGUUUUCAAUGUUCAUAAUGAUGUGUAGACAGUAUAGUAAUUAAUUAAUUAAUUUUUUGUUUAACUUAAAUUAUAGUAGAAAUUAAUUAAUUAUUUAGACAAUUAUAUUUAAUCAAAUCAAUUAAUUAAGUUAAACAUGUAUUUUAGUAAUAUUGUUGUUUCAAUUUUAAUUAUACUAACAUUUACUGAUAUUACAACAACAAUAGCCAAGACAACUAAAUCAACAACAAUAACAACAACAAUAUCAUCGAAAAAUGUGGUAAAUAUUAACAAUAAUAACAAUCAACCGGAACAGUUGGCCAACAAUUUAGAUACCAAUGAUGACAACAACAAAGAUAUUGGUGGUCACAGUACUGAUAGUACUAAUGAGGUUAAUGGUGAUAAUGCUGCCGCUGCUGCUGGUGCUGGAGGUGCUGGUGCUGGCGAUACUGUAGAUCAUGGCGAUGCAGCUCCAGGUGCUGGCGGCGAUACUCCAGGUGCUGGAGAUGCUGGAAAAACUGUCGAUACUGUAGCAGCUGAUGUUUCAAGUGCUGGAGGUUCAGGAGGUAAUGCUGGAAGUGCUUCAAAAGUUGGAGGAGGAGGAGGUGUUGCUGCUGUUGCUGGUGGUAGUGGCCAACCAUCAAAUAGCUUGAAAGGUUCAAAAACAGCAACAACAACUAGCAAACCAUUAACAUUAAAGCCAGUGGUGGUGGCGGUGCCGAAAGUACCUGUAGUUGUAACUAAACCGACACCAAAAAUAGCAACAGCAACAACGACAUCAUCAGCGAAAAAUGUGGUCAAACAAAAUAAUAAUCAUAAUGACGACCCGUCGGAACAAUUGAAAAAAAUUUAUCACGAAAUGGAUCAGCUGGAAAGCACACAAAAAAUCAAUGACCUGGGUGCUAAAGUUAGUACCACUACUACUAGUAGUAGUAAUAGGGUUACUAAUGGUGGUGGUCACCCAAUUAGCUCGAAAAUUGCAAAAACAACUACAAGUAAACCAUUAACCACUAGAAGGCUACCAACACCAGUAGUAGUAGCAGGUGUGUCCAAAAUAGUAAUUGCAACCACAACAACAACUACUACUACAACAUCAUCAUCGGUAAAUGUGGUCAACAAUGACCAUAAUGAUCAUAUCGAUCUGGACUCACAACUGGGAAGCACUUUUGAUGCUAUGGAUGCCUUAUUUGACAAUAACAACCACAACAACAACACAGGUAGUAAUACUGUUGGUGGUGGUGCUGGCGGUGCUGGCCAUCCAAUUAGCUGGAAAGGUGGCCCAAAAACUCGUAGGCCGCUAACAUUUAAGCCGCUAGUAGUGUCGGAAGUAAUCGUCAAUAAAGGAAAUCCUAUUGUCAAUGAGAUCAAACCCUGUCCACAAAACCUGACCACUUCCAAACCAAAGACACCACUACUGCUCAGAGGUGGCCAAACUACUAGAGUGCCGGUGCCCAGGACUGAUAGCCGACAACCUAAUAGUAGUAAUAAUAAUACUAAGCCUAAUAAUAUUAGUAAUAAUAGUGGACUGGUAGUUAGAAAUAAUACAAACGUACCACACAGUGGACAACCACCGAUUAGUAUUGCUCCAGCAGCAGCACAGGGAGCUAACAAACAAAACAAUACCAAAAAGCCAUCACUGUCCGGCACUAUUAUUUCCGGUCUUAAUCGUAAUAAUUUAGGCGAUGGUGGGGCCCAACGCAAACUAUCGCCGCCGGGAUCGCAGCAAACAAUUAGACCAACCGUUUCUACAACCGUACCGACGCUGCCGACGCCGACACCGACCCAGUCAUUUAUAGAUAAUUUUCAAAGUAGCGAUAAGAUUGCCCAGUUAGCCGAUGAAGCAGCAGCGGCCGACAACCAGGACAACCAUACGGUGGCCAACCAUCAGACACUGGUAACUAAUCAUCAGUCGUUAUCGUCUACUACUAUUGGAACUGAUAGUUUGGUAACUUCUGCUGAUAGUAGUAGUAGUAGUGCACCCGACUCUCAUACUACUACUACUACAGUAGGAGAAGCUGCCGGUGGUGCUGAUGAUGGCGAUUUGGUCUUAGAUGAAUAUGGUAAUAUUGUUCCUGCUAGUUCCCUUAUUAAAACUACUUCAACCGUCACCACCAACACUACACCGCACACAUUGGUCGGCGACGACACCAAUCACAGUAGUACUACUAGUAGUGGACAUCAUGGAGGUAGCGGUGUUAAUGAUCAACAACAUAGUACUACUACUAAUGGCCUAACACUUCCCGAUGGCACACAAGUAUAUGUCAACAAUUUAACUAAUGGCGAUCAUAACGCUGGUGUUGAUGGCGCUGGUGGUGGUGGUAGUGAUGGCCACGAAAAUCAAGGUCAAGAAAAUCAUGACAACUCUAACAGUGGUACAACAACUAUCGAUAAUACUGGACAACCAGCAGCAGUUACCUCUGAACCAGUACAUUCAACAGGUAGCACAGGUAGUAUUAGUAGCGAUGGUGACCAUCAGUCAACCGAUGAUAAUACAGUGUUGUCCGAUAAGAUACCGCUGAUGUAUUCGUCUAUCGAUUCAUCAGAUAGUAAUAGCAAUGGUAGUGACAAUGCUGUUGCUGCUGCUGUCGUCACCUCCACCUCCACCACCAACACCAUCACUGCCGAAGACAAUACUACUGAUCUGAAUAGUAUUGACGAACAAAAGUUGCUGUCGUUGUUCGGUAACGACAACAGCGGCGGUGAACUGACAACAACAACAACAACAGCUUCGGUAGUAGCGAUCGAUAAUAAUAAUAAUCAUAAUACAGAAUCGUUGGUAGAAAAUACUGAAAUACCACUAUCACUGACUACCAUCGGUGCUCAUCACGAGGCCAUCGCCACUACAGGUGCUGGUGAUGCCACUACUAACGGUAUAUAUGAACCGCACGAUCAGUAUCUACCCGAUACUGAUAAUCAUAACGAUGGUAAUGGCGGUCAAACUACUACUACCACUAGCCAUACACCCAUCACUGACCACAGCUCUGAUAGUCCAAUAAUCCCUGCCAUUGUCGACCAAAUUAGCAAUAAUAGUAGUACAGGUGCUGAGCACACGCCUACAAAACCAACAACAACAGGUAAUGACAAUCAUCAUCAUAAUGAUGGUACUAAUGGUGCUAAUAUUAUUGUCAAUGAUCAUCAUCAGCCGCAUAAUCAUACCACUGAUGAACAUCCCCAUGAAGGUAGUGGUGGUGGUGCUGUUGUUGAUAGUAGCACUGGUAACCCUCAUGAUGUUGUUCAUGUUGCUGGCACUGAUAGUCCUACUAGCAAUGAUCAUCAUACCACUACCCACAGUGGUGACGGUGCUGAUGCUGGUCAUACACAUACAACAGUUAAUGAUGGCAAUGGUAACAAUGAUCAUCAACAUGAUCAGGAUCAUUUGCAUAAUAAUAAUAUUAUUGACGACACAUCCACUGAACAUGGUCACGACGCUACUACUACCGUCACCACCAGUAGCCAUGAUGUUGUUGGCACUGACAGCAAUGAUAACAACCACAACCACAACCACAACAACAAUGCUAUUACUACUACUACUACUGCUACUACUACUACUGUCAAAGAUGAUCAAUUGUAUACACGCGACACAAAUGGCAACUAUUUGCCAAUUGAAACUAAUCAUCCGAUUCAUAAAAUAUACAAUUAUUUUAAUAAAAAACAACAACAACAACAACAACCCACACCACAACCACAACCCCAACACCAAUCCACACCACAAGCCCAACAACAACCCACACCACAACCCCAACCCCAACACCAAUCCACACCACAAGUCCAACAACAACCCACACCACAACCCCAACAACAAUCCACACCACAAGCCCAACAACAACCCACACCACAACCCCAACAACAAUCCACACCUAAAUCCCAACAACAACAACCCACACCAAAACCCCAGCCCCAACAACCAAUACCCAAACCCCAACAACAACAACUAGUACCCAAACCUCAACAACCCGCACCCAAACCUCAACAGCCUAAACCCCAACCCCAACAACAACAACAAAAACCCCAACAACAACAACCCAAACCCCAACAACCCCAACCCACAAUCAAACCUCUAUCCAAACUAACGCCUCCACAACAACCUCAACAACAACACCCCCAACAACAACCACUACAACAAAUACAGAAUCAAAAACAACAAUCACCACAACUACUAAAACUAUUACAACAAAAACUACAACAAAGAUCCGGACAAAUAUUUCAAACAAAAAUACCGGUUAAACAGCAAAUAAACAAAAAAAUAUUGAGUUAAUUAAACACCAAAAAAAUACAGUAAUAAUAAUAAUAAAAAUAAUAAUUAAUUAAUUUCAAUAUAUA